GGGAGGAGGGGGAGGUGGUGGAGGAGGAGGAGGAGAUGGCGGAGGCCCCGGUGAUGGAGGAGGAGGAGGAGGAGGAGGACGGCGAAGAAGAGGUGGAGGAGGAGGAGGGAGAGAACUUAGAGGAGGAAGAAGAAGAAGAGGAGGAGGAGGAGGAGGAAGGUGGACGAGGACGAGGAAGGUGGACGAGGAGGAGGAAGGUGGACGAGGAGGAAGGUGGACGAGGAGGAGGAAGGUGGACGAGGAGGAGGACUGGGAAGGGGAUGAGGAAGAAGCGGAGGAGGAAGAAAGGAGGGCCCAGCGAUGGAGGAGGACGAGGAGGAGGAGGUGGAGGAGGAGCCCACGACGACGGAGAAUGAGGCCCCGCAUGAAGAAUAAGGUGGGGAGGAGAGGCCCCGCGUUUUUUUUUUUUUUUUUUGGUCCGAUCAAUCAAUUAAAAGGGUCUUU